GGCGAAUGAAAUUAGUUCCUUUCAAAUUUCUGACAAAGCAACAUCUGUGACGCGUAAUUGAAACGGCGCAGUGAGACUUCUUUCUGAACCAUGGAAAUCCCCUUAAUCGCACUCUACAUUUUGUUGCCGACUGUCUGUCUGUGGAUCCUUUUGAUUUGCUGUUAUUUUUACAAGACUAGGAAAACGGACUCAUUUCAGAACAACAGCAGCCAAAGUGAAAAUCAGCCGUUUCAACAUACCAGAGCAGCCGUUACCUCAUCUUCCGGUAACAUCAAAGCUCCCCCACGUCCUCCUGCUGCCUCCGGGGUACUUAACGACAGAAAUGAACAUCACUUUCCGUCAAGAUACGUUGGAAAGAAGAUUGGCAGGGAUGACGGUACCGCUACCUAUGAAGAGCCACGGACCCAGCCCGCCGAUUCAAACUCUCCUGAAGCCUUGGUUCCAGGAAAUUACUUUUUCCAGAAUGAAAUUCCGACAUAUCUCGCACCUCGGAUCCCAUCUAGAGAAGAAACUCAUUUGAAGUUCCCGGUUGAAGUACCUCGCACACCUACUCCAGGAGGACUUCAACCUCAGCCUCCUACUCCAGGAAGGCUUCCACCUCAGCCUCCAACCCCAGGAAGGCUUCCACUUCAUCCUCCCAUCUCAGGAAGCCAUUCCCUCCAGCCUCCUACCCUAGGAAGGCUUCUCCUCCAGCCUCCUACCCCAGCAUGGCUUCCAUCUCAACCCCUAACCUCGCGAGAUAUUCCACCACAACCUCCAUUCACACCAAAGCUUGGUUCUGAGACUCAGGCCUCGCCCGCAAAAAAACUCCCACUACCUCCUCCGAGCCACGUAAUCACCAACGGAGAGGGCACUGCGAGAAUUAUCAUUGAGUUUCCUUCUGAGCAAGCCACUCCAAGAAAUCUCCCUUGGCCACGACCCGUAACGCAAGCAUUUUUCGAAAUCAACAAACAUAUUAAAAUCAAAUUUAAAACGUAGACGGGAAUGUGAGGAUUCCUUAGAAGUUACAGCCAAUUUGUUAUUUUUGUUACUAUUAUUGUUAUUAUUAUUAUCAUUAUAAUUAUUAUAAUUAUAAUAAUAACAAUAAUAAUAAUAAUUUUUAUUAUUAUUAUUAUUAUCGGUACAAAAAUAAUCUGAAGACGCGAACGGUAACGCCUCAAAUAAAGGAAGAAUAUCGCGGAAAGCGCCGCUCGGUGUUCCCAAGAUUUAGCUCUCACUCGCCAUGGAUACCGAAGUGGAACACCAUGUUUCUCGGGGGCGCUGAGGGGCAGAGCCUUCACCAAGCCUCCCCUCGGGCAGUCGCUCAGUUGCUCGCUUCUUCUUUUAACGGUAGGUUCAUGUCUGAGCCGCCGCGGUCACAGCAUGAUACUUAAUUGUAGUUUUUCAUGUUGUGAUGCCCCUUGUGGAGUGAGUACGUGGUAGGGUCCCCAGUUCCUUUCCACGGAGAGUGCCGGUGUUACCUUUUUUAGGUAAUCAUUCUCAGUUGCUCGCUAGAUUGUUGAAUAAUAUUUGUGACGUGGAGUUGGAUGCGUCCUUACUGUAAAGAAUUACUUUAUUGUUACCGUUACUAUUAUUAUUAUCAAUAUUAUUAUUAAAAUUUUACUGUUAUUAGUAUCAUCUUUAAUAUAUUUAUUAUCGUUAUCUUACAUUUUAUCAAGGCAAAUAUAAUUUGAGAUAAAAUUAUGUUAAUUGGAUAUGUUGCAUUAGCUAAUCAUCGCCAGCCUUAUAAGUACACUUUGGCUUACAGGAAAAAGUGACUUACAUGGAAAACUGGAUAAAAAAAAAUUGUAUGUAAAGCCGCGGUGAUUUUAAACUUGCAUUUCCUACUGAAUUAAUUUCAAUUAUCCUUUGUUGUGCAUUAUUCUGUAUCUUUGAUUGUUAAUCCACUUUAUAAGUCUUCAAUCGUG